ACAAGCAGCAUCAGUCUCCGAAAGCUUCUCCAUUGAGCAAGACGUUUCUUUUGUGAUAAACGGAAUAAUAUCUUUAUUUCUAAAAUGUGUGACGACGAAGUAGCUGCCUUAGUUAUUGAUAAUGGCUCCGGUAUGUGUAAAGCCGGAUUCGCUGGGGACGACGCUCCACGAGCCGUCUUUCCUUCAAUCGUCGGUCGACCAAGACAUCAGGGUGUGAUGGUUGGCAUGGGACAGAAGGACAGCUAUGUUGGUGAUGAAGCCCAGAGCAAGAGAGGUAUCCUUACUCUGAAAUACCCUAUUGAACACGGUAUUGUCACCAACUGGGAUGAUAUGGAAAAAAUCUGGCAUCAUACUUUCUACAAUGAACUUCGUGUUGCCCCAGAAGAACACCCAGUCUUGCUCACAGAAGCCCCACUCAAUCCAAAGGCUAACCGUGAAAAGAUGACCCAGAUCAUGUUCGAAACCUUCAACACUCCAGCUAUGUAUGUUGCUAUCCAGGCUGUGCUGUCUCUGUAUGCCUCUGGCCGUACCACAGGUAUUGUCAUGGACUCUGGUGAUGGUGUAUCACACACUGUACCCAUCUAUGAAGGUUACGCUCUUCCCCACGCCAUCUUGAGAUUGGAUUUGGCUGGUAGAGAUCUUACCGAUUACUUGAUGAAGAUUUUGACAGAAAGAGGUUACUCUUUCACCACAACAGCUGAGAGAGAAAUUGUUAGAGACAUUAAAGAAAAAUUGUGCUAUGUAGCUUUGGAUUUUGAACAAGAAAUGCAGACAGCUGCAUCAUCUAGCUCAUUGGAAAAGAGUUACGAACUCCCCGACGGUCAAGUUAUCACCAUUGGUAACGAACGAUUCCGUUGCCCAGAGGCCAUGUUCCAGCCAUCUUUCCUUGGUAUGGAAUCUGCUGGUAUCCAUGAAACAACAUACAACAGUAUUAUGAAGUGUGAUGUUGAUAUCCCUAUGUAUGUUGCUAUCCAGGCUGUGCUGUCUCUGUAUGCCUCUGGUCGUACCACAGGUAUUGUCAUGGACUCUGGUGAUGGUGUAUCACACACUGUACCCAUCUAUGAAGGUUACGCCCUUCCCCACGCCAUCUUGAGAUUGGAUUUGGCUGGUAGAGAUCUUACCGAUUACUUGAUGAAGAUUUUGACAGAAAGAGGUUACUCUUUCACCACAACAGCUGAGAGAGAAAUUGUUAGAGACAUUAAAGAAAAAUUGUGCUAUGUAGCUUUGGAUUUUGAACAAGAAAUGGCAACAGCUGCAUCAUCUAGUUCAUUGGAAAAGAGUUACGAACUUCCCGACGGUCAAGUUAUCACCAUUGGUAACGAACGAUUCCGUUGCCCAGAGGCCAUGUUCCAGCCAUCUUUCCUUGGUAUGGAAUCUGCUGGUAUCCAUGAAACAACAUACAACAGUAUUAUGAAGUGUGAUGUUGAUAUCCGUAAAGACUUGUAUGCUAACACCGUGUUAUCUGGUGGUUCAACUAUGUACCCAGGUAUUGCCGACAGAAUGCAGAAAGAAAUCACUGCCCUGGCUCCAUCAACCAUGAAGAUCAAAAUUAUUGCUCCACCAGAGAGGAAAUACUCUGUAUGGAUCGGUGGCUCUAUCCUUGCUUCUCUAUCCACUUUCCAGCAGAUGUGGAUCAGCAAACAGGAAUACGACGAGGCAGGACCAUCCAUCGUCCACAGGAAAUGCUUCUAAACUGGACAAUCUUGAUGACGUCAGAGUUACAUUAUGUCGCAUAUUUUUGUGUUCACUAUUUGUCAUCAUCUUAAUUAAUUUCAGCUGCAUAGUAUGUAUUAAAACUUGUGAUCCUUUAUAUUGUUAUAUAUGAACAUUUACACUUUGAGACUUUCUCAAUGGGUCGGAUUAUGAUCUGUAUUUUAUAGGUUAUUUUUCUAUGAAAAAAAAGUAAAAAAUCUUUGAAAUAAAAAUUGUAAAACUA